CACCAUGGGCAGCCAGGGCUCCAAGGCGGCGGGCGGAGACCCCGACACCGCCAAGGCCAACGGGCAGGAGAACGGCCAUGUGAUCUACAACGGGGACAUGACCCCCAAAGCGGGGGUCGAGGUGGCCCCCCAGAACGGGAACGGCUCGGCGGAACCCCCCAAGGAGGAGAGCGAGGGCGAAGCGGGCGGUGCGGACACCAUCGAGCCCGCCCCGGCUGCCGCCGACGGCGGCGGAGACCCCAAAACCGAAGGCGCGGCGGCCGCUAAGGACGCCCCUAAGAAAAAGAAGAAAUUCUCCUUCAAGAAAUCCUUCAAGCUGAGCGGGAUCUCCUUUCGCAAGAACAAGAAAGAAGCCGGGGACUCCUCUGGCUCCUCGCCCACGGAGGAGCAGGGCAAGAGCGACGAGACCCCGCCGGGGGGGCUGCAACCCUCGGCUCCCCCCGAGGAGGGGCCGGAGGAGGAGCGGGGCGGCCCCGGGGCUGAGGCCGAGGAUGGAGGAGAAGCCGCGGGCAAAGAGGAGGAGGAGGAGGAGGAGCAGCAGGGAGAGGAGAGCCAGGGAGACACAACCAAACCUGAGGAAGCCUCCAAAACCGCCGAGCCCACAGCGAGCCCACAGGAGCAGAAGGAAGAGUAG